AUGGAGCAGUACAUCCUGCAGGACUUGGACGGGUACCGGCGACGCCUGCAGGGGUGGGAUGCAGAGCACCGGUUCCCGCAGAUCUACACCGUGCGAGUCGUGCUCAAGGGCCCCGACGAGGAGGCGCUCCAGGAGAACGUCGACAACGUCCUGCGGGCCGCGCAAGUGGCGUGCUCGCCCCGGCCCAGGCACUCGAAACGCAAACCUAAGAGGAAGCUCGUCACCGUGCCACGCGCGACGUUCAAGUACAAGAAGGAGGGCAUGGAGCAGUUUUGGAUCGUCGAGCGCACGCACGAGGUGUCGGUGACGUUCGGCACGGAGCGCAUGCUGAAGUUUUUCCUGCACCUGCUGCGGCACAUGAGGUGGUACGACGUGGACGACGUGAUGUGCAACGUGCGCUACAAGGUCGACCUCGAGGACCUCCUCGCGGUGGACGUCGGGCCGCUCGAGGACGACGGGCCGGAGACGAGCGAGCCAGCGACGACGACACCGCAGGAGGCGGGCAAGGCGGCAGAGUAG